AUGCCUUCUUCGCCCGAGCUCUACGAGGACGUCCUGCGCACACUGUCCCGCCUCGUCUUCGCCUGCGUCCCGCCCGGCAAGUCCACCCUCAAGCUUGUCGACCCCGUCAGCGGCUCGCUCGACGAGUACAUGCUCCUCAAGAUGCCCGGCCCCAGCAAGCACUCCGUGUCUGGUUCCCGCGUGGGCUCGUCCCCCGCCGCCCUGCCCUCCAUGCUCUCCCGUGCGUACCUCGACGACGUCCUCGACGCCCUCAAAGACGCCGUCCGCGCGGACGCGCUCUCACCCACCCGCCUCUCGUACGCCUCCUCAGCGACGACGUCCGCCUCCGCGACGUGCGUCUCGCCCUCGACCCCGAGCGAGUCCGACAUCUACGACGCGCUCAAGGCCACCCAGGAAUCGUACACCGGCACCCCCGCCGGCGCCGCGCCCGAGCGCGAGGGCGACCUCGGCGAGUACACCCUCGCCCUCUUCCCGCCCGCCCCGCUCUCCCCCCACCGCCACGCGCGCUCGCCGUCCCCGCCGUCCAUGCUCAGCCCCUCUCCGCCCGGCAUCUCCGCGCGCUCGUCCACCACCCCCUUCCUCAACUUCCCGCUCUCGCGCUCCUCCGGCACCCGCACGCCCCCGCCGAAGCCCCGUCUUCCCUUCGCGCCUUCGCCCUCGCCCUCGCACGACGCGCCCGUCCCCGCCUGGGGCCGCCUCCCGCUCCCAUCCCGCCCCGUUGGGCUCGGCUUCGAGGGCCUCCUCGAGCACGAAGACGGCACUCCAUUCGGACUCGGGCUCCUCCCGCGCGAUGUCUCGCCCUCCGAGGCCGCGCGCGCCCGCCGUGCCCGCCGCACCGCCGCCGGGCUCGCGCAGGCAGCAGCGCACCCGGAGGGCCCUACACCCUCCGCACUCGUCAUCCCCCGCUCGCCCCCGCCGUCGUACAGCGCCACGGCGGCUUCGCCUGUCACCGGGCGCCGCGUGAGCAUGUCGCCGCCGCAGUCGCACCAGCAGCAACAACACCAGCAGCAGCAGCAGCAGCCGUGCCCGCUGGUGAACGCGACGACGCCGGUGUCAUACAACGCGCGCGCGACUCCCGGGGCGCCGGCCCGCCGCCAGCGCGCGUCCCUACCGGGGCCGGCGACGUACGGGCGGUUCGCGACGGUGCGCGAGGCGGGCGAGCGCGGCGGGAAGCGGUCGUCGCUCGAGGGCACGGGGGUCGGGAUCGGGGACGAGCUGCGGUUCUGGGCGUACUGGAUGACGCCGAUGAGCGAGGAGCGCGAGCGCGAGCGCGAGAGGGAGAGGGAGGGUGGAGAGAGGGAGCGGCGGCCGGUGUGGAGGCCGUGA